AUGGAUCUCCAAACCAUGUUUGUCACUUCAUUCCAAAACAUUUUGCAAUUUGAAAUGUUUCAACGAAGAUUGAUACGUCAAAUGCGUAGAACUGUCCCAAGACCUCCUUCUUCACUUGCAACCUCCCUUACUUCCAUCCCUGCUUCUACUUCGACAGCUGUAUCUUCUUUUAUUCCCUAUUCUUCUACAGCUGUCGCUUCUUCUGUUCCGUCUACAGCU